GGCAGGGACAGCAGGCCCGGCCAGCCUAGAGGACUCUCUGUCCACAGUGUAAAUGAGGACACUGCUGGCCCAUGUCUUGCAGGGAUGUAGAGGGCAGCCUCAGAGGCACUGGGUGCUCCUGGCACCAUGGAUGAUGCUGCCAUCCUCAAGCGACGAGGCUAUAUCAUGGGGAUAAAUUUGGGAGAGGGCUCAUACGCAAAAGUCAAAUCCGCUUACUCUGAGCGCCUAAAGUUCAAUGUGGCAGUCAAGAUCAUCGACCGCAAAAAAGCCCCCACAGACUUCUUGGAGAAAUUCCUUCCCCGGGAAAUUGAGAUUCUAACCUUGCUAAACCACCGCUCCAUCGUCAAGACCUAUGAGAUCUUUGAGACAUCAGAUGGUAAGGUCUAUAUUGUCAUGGAGCUAGGGGUCCAGGGUGACCUCCUUGAGUUCAUCAAAACCCGGGGAGCCCUGCAUGAAGAUGAUGCUCGAAAGAAGUUCCACCAGCUCUCCUCGGCCAUCAAGUAUUGCCAUGACCUGGACAUUGUCCACCGAGACCUCAAGUGUGAGAACCUCCUCCUUGACAAGGACUUCAACAUCAAACUGUCAGACUUUGGCUUCUCUAAGCGUUGCCUGCGGGAUGACAGCGGCCGACUGACACUGAGCAAGACCUUCUGUGGGUCAGCGGCAUACGCAGCCCCCGAGGUCCUGCAGGGCAUCCCCUACCAGCCCAAGGUCUAUGACAUCUGGAGCCUGGGCGUGAUCCUCUACAUCAUGGUCUGUGGCUCCAUGCCUUACGAUGACUCCAAUAUCAAGAAGAUGCUGCGCAUCCAGAAGGAGCACCGCAUUAACUUCCCGCGCUUCAAGAACCUGACGGGUGAGUGCAAGGACCUCAUCUACCGCAUGCUACAGCCGGAUGUCAACCGGCGGCUGCAUAUCGAUGAGAUCCUCAGCCACUGCUGGGUGCAGCCCAAGGCUCGGGGCCUGUUCUCUGCAGCCACCAUCAAGGAUGGGGAGAGCUCUGGGGGCACUGAUCCCUCAUGGAUCCCUGAGGCUGGCUCUGACAAGAAGUCUGUCACCAAGCUGGAGUCCCAGAAGGAGGCACACUCUGAGAUUAAGCCUGAGUCACAACCAAAGGAGGAGAUCCUGCAAGACAAGGUGUCGAAGCAGUUGGAUAUCGCAAGCCUUACCCUCACAGAGCAGCCGAGCAGGGAGACGGUGGAAGGGGGCUCCCUGAAGCAUCCAGAGACACACACCUAGUAAGCCUCUCACAUGGCCCAGGGGCUGUUAGGGAAUCAGGCAGAGCUCACACCUUCGAGCCUGAGCUCCAAAAAAAGCCAAGUGACAAGCCAUUGAAGGAAGACAGUCAGGGAUGAGCCAUUAUUUUCGUCAGUUUCUUUUCCCUCCCUUUGAACUUGGUAACCCACAUGGUAAAGAAGCAAUAAAUAACUAUAUUAGUGCAAGACUAUAAGGUGAAUGCCUUUGCCCCAGCUCACUGUGGUCACACAAGGAGAUGAUCCACCCCCCCCCACACACACACCCCAAAUUUGGAAGAUAUAUCCUAAUGUGCCCAGCCCUGACCAUGACCUCAGG